AUGGUCUCAACAUUGGCUGCUCGUCGAAUGAGGGAAAGGUCUGAAAAGAAACAAUUGCGAGACUUCUUGAAGAGGAUUUCCGGCGAACGGAAUAUUUACAGUCCCACGAACGAACCAAUACAACUUGCUCAGAUGCGUACUUUAUGCGCUGGCUAUGUACCCUUCAAUGAGGACGUUUGCAUGUGUGCGGAGCCUUGGUUUGGAGAGAUGGGUUCUAUGGUACUGGGUCGACGGUCACUAUGUUCUCAAAGCGGAUAUAUCGGCCUCGCACCACCACGCGCUAAAACAGGCGACCAUGUUGUGGUUCUUGAGGGCAAGCGGCUGCCCUUCAUACUGAGAAAGGUCGAUGGAGGCUUUUGGAAGGUCAUUGGAGAAUGCUAUGUCCAAGGGAUCAUGUAUGGUGAGGCCUUCGAUAGUCAAGAAUGCAGAGAUAUCAUUCUUGUUUGA